GGUGGGAAUGGGCGAUAGGAAUGAGCAUGGACGAUGAACGUAGAGCUCUGAUGGAGAUGAGCAGAAGCUGGCGCUGGCAUGUGGUGCGAUCUGUGGAAGGGGCUGUGAAUUGAGUGACGGGCUGGAGGUGACGUCGGCUGACCUGCUCUCUCCGGGCUCGGGCGAGGGCACAAGCUUCUCGUGGCAACUGUCGGGCGACGACGAUGACGACGAUGAUGUCAGCGGAGGCUCUGGUGGCUCGCUUGACGACGAUGGCGAGCUCGGGCUAGAUCUCUCGGACGCGACCGACGACUUGGAUUUGGAUAUCUCGGUCGAAGGGGUUGAGCUCUCGUCCGACGACGACGACGCAUCGAUUGUUGACAUCUCUUCGCCGUCGGCUGAUGAUGCCGGCGCAGUGCUGGCGGCCGAGGCCGAGGCCGAGGCUGCUGUCAUGGCUCGUGUCCGUGCCGAGGCGGAGGCUGCGGAGGCUGCUGCUGCCGAGGCCCAGGCGCGCGAUGCGGCAGUGGCAGCGGCUGCUGCCGAGGCGACGGCCAACGCUCGAGUGGUGUCAGCGAACGUUGCGGCGGAAGCUGCGGCGGCCAUUGCGGUUGCGGCCGAGGAGAUUGCGGCCGAGGCCGACGAUGCCGAGACCUACAAAGCUGCUGCCCUAAUCGAGAGCAUAGCCGAGGACGAAGCUGCUUCCGCCGUCCAAGACGAGGUCACAGCUGUGACCGAGGCUUCUUCUGCUGCUGAAGCCCGAGCUCUUGCGCAGCAGCUUGUUGAAGAGGCAGCCGCCGAACUUGAGCUUGCGGUUGCCGAGGCAGCCGCUGCUGCUGCUGCGCAUGAACUCGCGACGGCCGAGGCUGAAGCAGCCAAGGCAUCCGCCGCUGCACGGGCACAUGCAGAGGCGGCGGCGGCGGCGGAGGCGGCGGCGAAGGCAGAGGCAGAGACGGAGGCAGAGGCGGAGGCCGAGUGGGCGGCGGCGCCCAAGCGGUCGCCAGAGACGGAAAAGGUGGCCAUCCGGGUUGUCAGCAGCGAUUCGGCCGAGGCCAUCGACCUGCUCCCGCCGCAGGGCCGUGAGCCAUUUGUCUCGUUCGUGCCGGGCCACUCGCGGCUGCUGGCGUCGAUGCACACGCAUGACGAGCUGACUGGCGCUCACCCUGACUCUAACUACGAGCGAGUGGUGCUCAAGGGGACGUUGUCGCAGCGGCAUGCGCGUGCGUUGCAGCUCCUAGAUGAUGCGCGAGCGGAUGUGCGCAGUCUUGCGGGCGAGUUGAUGCACCUCAAGGCGCGCGAGUUGUCGCGGGCCAAGCUCCUUCGGAUGGGGCUUACCCCGGCCGACAUUGAGUCGUCCAUUUACGGCCCAGCCAUGCGGAACGACGGCUCUCUCCUCACGGUCGAGGCGUUGAUGGUGCAGGAGAUCGAGGACUGGCGGGCCAAAAUCGAGGCCGACGUUGCGGCCAUGAAGGCCAGCUUUGAGGCGCGCAAGAAGCGGCUUUCGUCGGCCAACGCACGGCUGCGCAAAGAGCUGCACCGGGCGCAGCGUUCAGCAGAGCUCACCGCCCGCGAGCCAUCGCCUUCAGCGGCGCUUUACUCGGCUCGCGACAAACUCCGCGCCAACGCCAUUACCAUCCAGGCGCUGCGAGCCAAGCUCGACGCCGGGCGUGCGCAGUACGAGUCGCUGACGCUAGAGGCGGCCGAGCUGCACGCUCGUGAGCGUGAGCGCUCGGCAGCCUGGAUCAACAAGGAGCGCCAGCUUCGGCUUGAGUUUGAGACUUCGGAGCGCGGCAUCAAGCUCCUCACCCGACUCAAGACCUAUUCGCAAACCAUCAGCGACUUGCGUGAGAAGUUGGCGGCGGAGCGGGCAAAGGUGGAGAGCGCCGAGGCGCGGACGGCCGAGGUCGAGGCCGAGCGCGACGCCAAGCAGGCUGAGCUUGGCCGGGUCCAGGCCGAAGCUGAGGCGGCGGCGGCGGCGGCGGAGGCGGCAGAGGCUCGGCUCCAUAACGACGUCGCCAACGCCCGGGCUGAAAUGAGCGACACCAGCAAGCAGCUAGCACGAGCGCACGCUACGAUCAAGGCACUGGAGGGCUCGUUUGAGGAGGCAGCCACCAAGUUUGCUCGCCAGGAGGGCCAACUCCGCGAGGUCCACGCUGCCGAGACCGCGUCACUUCUGGCCAAGUAUGAGAAGACCAAGGAGAUUCUCAAGGGCAAGGUGGCCAAGGCCAAGUUGGUUGCUUCGAGCCAACAGCAGCGGGCCGAGACGGCCGAGGCCAAGGUGGCCAAGCUCUCGCGCAAGCUUCAGGCUACACAUGUGCAGAUGUCCCAGGAGCUCGAGAGCUCGCGAGUUGAGCGUGAAACGGUGGAGGAGGCGGCGCAGGCGCGCGAGCUCGAGCUUCUCGAGCAGCUCAACGAGCUGCGGCACUCGCAGGCGCUGACCCACUCGACGUCGCUGGACCAGCUGCGCGACCUCGAGGUCUCGAUCCAGGAGACGCAGCGCAAGGCCAACCACCGGGUGGCGUUCUUGGAGCAAGAGCUGGAGAAGGCGGCAGCAACGGCGGAGGCGUCCAAGGUGGCCACCGCGGCUGCAGAGCGGCGGGCCGAGAUGGCCGAGGCCCAGCGGGCAGCGCUGGAGAAGGCACUCAAGGACGAAAAGGUCAAGCUUGCCGAGGAGAUUAGGCUCACCGGCGAGCUGCAGGACCAGGUGGCAAGCCUCGAGCAGGAGCGGCUGGCACUCAAGCGCAACAUCAUGGCUGCAGAGACUGCGGACAUGGGCCAGGACGAGAAAGACGCCAUCAUGGAGGUUGUCCACAAGAACGAGCACAUCAAGAGCCUCGAGGACGUGGUCGCCUCGCAGCGGGCCGAGCUCAACUUGGCCUCGGUCGAAAAGCAGGCACUCGAGGUCGAGCUUUCAGCGGCUCGGCAGACGCUCAAGCGGUACGAGGAGCUCGGCCUGGACCGGCCGUCCGGCCGGCGGCACAAGUCGCCCGAGGUUAGUCAAGCUCCAGAAGCGGUGGCGAUGGCGGCGCUCGAGCCAGCGGCGGCAGAAGCGGCGCCGGCUGCUGCGCCCAAGUCCGAGACCAUUCAGUUUGAAAUGUCGUCCGACGACGACGAUGGCGACGGCGACGGCUUUGCCGCACAGGCGCUCAAGUCGGUCGGCCUCGCGGCGAUGGCAGAAGAGAGCGGCAGCAGCGGCGGCGGCGGGUACAACCCGAUUGCGUCGCUGGGCGGUCGCGACGCGUACGCACUGACGUCGUCGGACGGCGAGCUCGACUUGCCUGGAACAUGAACGCAACGACAGAGCAAGAUAGAUGGGGGGAAGCGGGAGCAAGUUAAGCUAAGCGACAGGUUUACGCACUACUCGUUGGUGUCGACGUGGGUGACAUUCCAGGCGGCCAUGGUGGGGGUGCGGUCGGCGGUCUCGCCGCCGAUGACCAGAAAG